GACGACAGAGAGAGAGAGAGGAGGAGAGAGAGAGAGAGGAGGAGAGAGAGAGAUGUACCCCUGGAGGCUGGCGGCAGCUGUCUGCAGCCGCAAACACGUGUCGGUCUUCAGCCGCUCCUUCAACAUGGCAGAGGAGGCGAAGAAACUGGCUGCUUACGCCGCUGUGGACAACCACGUCCAGAAUAACCAGGUGGUCGGCGUGGGCAGCGGAUCGACCAUCGUCUAUGCCGUGGACAGAUUAGCUGAACGAGUCCGAGAGGAGAAACUCAACAUCGUGUGUGUGCCAACUUCCUUCCAGGCUCGUCAGCAGAUUCUGCAGCACGGCCUCACUCUGUCGGAUCUGGACAGACACCCUGAGCUGGAUGUGGCGAUCGACGGGGCCGAUGAAGUGGACGCAGAUCUCACGCUGAUAAAAGGCGGAGGCGGCUGCCUGACUCAGGAGAAGAUCGUCGCCGGCUGUGCUAAACAUUUUGUCGUCAUCGCCGACUACAGGAAGAACUCCAAGGACCUGGGACAGCAGUGGAAGAAGGGCGUUCCCAUCGAGGUGAUCCCCAUGGCGUACGUUCCCGUGUCCCGGAUCAUCGCCAAACGCUUCGGAGGCGAGGCCAGCUUACGGAUGGCCGUCAGUAAAGCGAUGAGUGGAAGCUUUGAUUUACCGUAG